GUUGCUGAAGAAUUUUCUUUCUAUCUUGUGUCUGCUUAGCUGUCAGGACAGAGCAGCUAUACUCGGCUUCAGUCCCUGUACAGAUUCUACAAACAGAUUGAGAAGUAUGGCAGUGACAACUUGUUUGACAGAGAUGCAACAAAAGAAGCUGCAAAGUUGUUUUGGAGGAAAACGGUUUACCCUUCUCUAUAAAGCAAGUGUCCAUGAUUUCUCUGGAUAUAAUGUGUACAAGAGAUGCAAUAACCAAGGGCCUACUGUGAUGGUGAUUUAUAGUGCACAUGAUAUUUUUGGGGCAUAUAUAAAAGACAGUUACCAGGAAUAUGGUGACAAAAUUCCCAUUGUCCUAUUUGCCUUUCAAAAGAAUGAAAUUUCAGAAUGCGAAAUAGGUGCAUAUUCACCAUCUACAUUUCUCUGUCUGUACAAGGAAGAUAAUUGUUUAGAAUUCCUCUUAAAUCUGGAUGGAAAAAAAGUGACUAUGACAUUAGAUACAAUUAAGAAACUUCAACUGAAAGUUCAAGUUUCAAAUGAGGGACAUCAAAAGCAUGAAAAAGAUAAAAUUAUUUCCAUUAAGGAAUGUGAAGUUUUUCGAUGUGAAGACUUACUGGACAAAAGAAACAUGGAAGAGAUUACUCAGCUCCACAAGAGCUUAUUGUUUGACAUAAAAUCCUAUAGACCAUAUAGAGACCUGGUUCACCAAAUACGGAUUCUGCUCUUGGGUCCAACUGGAGCUGGGAAGUCUAGCUUUUUCAACUCAGUUAAGUCUGUUUUCCGAGGCCAUGUAACACACCAGGCUCUGGUGGGCUCUGAUGCAGCCGGGGUGUCUGACAAGUACAGGGUAUAUUCCAUUAAGGAUGCGGGGCAUAACAACUCCCUGCCAUUUAUUCUGUGUGACUCAAUGGGCCUGGGUGAGGAGGACAAAGGGCCGUGCAUGGAUGACAUAGUCUACAUCUUAAAAGGCCACAUUUCUGACAGAUACCAGUUUAAUUCCAUGAAAGCAAUCACACCAGGUCAUAGUAACUAUAUUGAAAACCCAUUGCUAAAGGACAGAAUUCAUUGUGCGGUGUUUGUGUUCAAUAUCAACUCUGUUGAACACCUCUCUUAUGAGAUGAUGGCAAAGAUCAAAAAAAUUCGAAGGGAGUUGAUAAAGUGUGGUAUAAUACAUGUGGUGUUGCUCACUCAUGUGGAUAGCUUGGAUCUGAUUACAAAAGGUGACUUCAUAGACAUAUAUAGAUGUACACCUGUGAAGUUCAAGUUAGAGAUGGUCCACAGAGAACUUGGAUUUGCUCUUUCUGACAUCUUGGUGGUUAGUAAUUAUACCUCAGAGUGGGAACUGGAACCCGUAAAGGACCUUCUGAUUCUCUCUGCACUGAGACAGAUGCUGUGGGCUGCAGAUGACUUCUUAGAGGAUUUGCCUCCUGAGAAAACAGGUAAGAAAAAGUAGUCAAAGAAGGAAAUAAAUAUGUGACUCCUUCACAUACUAAUAAUUUUAAUCUCAUCAUAGAAGAGCAAAAACUGAGAAAUAAGAAAACAGGAAAAAUAGAAGUAGCUGAAACGGAAGGGGCAUAUUUUAUGUAUAUCUGGAAUGAAGAUGCAUAUGCGAAAUUGUAAUACCUGCAAAUAACUAGGAACAAUGGGCUUUACAGCUAUUAAUAGUGAAAAAAAAUGAUUAUAGUUUCUUUUGGAUUUAUGUUCUGUAUCUGUGAAAAAUGAAGGUUUCUUCUUACAAAACCUGUUACCUUAAGUGUGUGUGUGCUUUUAGCAAAGUUUAUUUUAAUAUAACUUGUCAGCAUAUUUUGAUCUUCACCCACGUCAUCUUCAUUUUGCCUUCUUGUUUUAUUUCUAAAGCAUUUGAUCUUCUCUUUGGGUCUCCAGUCAAUGUUGUAUUCUUUAACCUAAAGCCAUGUUUUUGUUUGUUUAAUAUCUAAACCCUUUUCCUGGAUGUGACAAUUAAUAUUGAUAAGAAUUCUAGAGAAUUAAAACUGACUAGAGUUUGAUUUUCUACCAGUUACGACUAUUUUAGUUACAAGUGAAAAGACUCAACCUGAAUUAUACGAAUAAAAAAUAAACCAUAGAAAAGGCUGGGAUUGAACAGAACUGCCUCAGAUAGUUGUAUCUGUAGAUUCAAAAUCUAUCCUCUCUUUCUCUCUCUUGCAGACAUGCUCUCACACCCACACCCACCCACACCCACACACACAGACUCUCUGGUUCCUUCUUUGUGUCUAUUGCUGUCAUUUUCUCAGGCUAGCAUUCUUGAUAAAUCUUAAGCCAUCUGAACCCAAGCUUCAAGUUGACAUUCAUUCAGUCCCAGGACCCAAAAAGGAAGAAGGCUUUUCUUUUCCAGUUUCAUUACGAAAUAUUCCAAAAAAGGACUGCAAUUGAUCUAGUUUGAAUCAUAUGCUGAGCCUAUAGGAACAAUCACUUUAUCUCCAGAAGAGGGAGAAAUAUAAUCAUCCUACCUUGAGUCAUACUUGCCCAGGAAGAGUGAUUUGUUAUUAGAAGCAGGGAGUUAAUCACGGACAUGGCCGCUGUUGUAUUAACUCAGCUGGAGACGCACCUCAAUAAGUAUCUCACAGAUUCAGAACAUUUUGUAUCUAGUUUCUCACUUAAAUUAUAAAGAAAGUCUUAUCAAUAGGUCUAAAAUUGUUAACAGUUACUUUAAAAAAGCUAUUUAUUAAUAUAUAUGCAUAAAAAGUACAGAGUUCAUGGCUCAGUACAUUUUGAUAGACUUAACCCAUGAAACUAGAACUCAGGUAAGAAACAGAACAUUCUAGAAUAUCCUAGAAGUCCCCCAUCUAGCCACCUAGGAUAUCCACUACUCUGGCUGCUAAUUGCAUAGAUUGGUCUUGUCUCUUUUAUCACUUACAUAACAUCAUGCACUAUGUACUCUUUUGGAUCUGACUUCUUUCAUGAGAUUGUAUAUUUGUUUGAUUCCUAUUAUUGUACAUAAGUAAAGAUAAUUUAAUCUUAUCUCUCAUGUUAUUGUGAUGUUAAUGGGCAGUUCUAAUACUUUCCUUAUAGGUCAACAUGCAUGUUGUGUUAAGCAUUUUUCUGAUUUAUAACUACAUAGAAAUAAACCAUAUGACUUUGGGUCUUUCCAGUUUUGUAUGAUAAUAAAUAUUCCAUAAUGGGAACAUACUAUAUUUCAGUUUGUAAAUAUACCUUGGAAAUGAGAAGUAGCAUCAUGAAUAAGUUGAUAUUAUCCUAAAAUUUAUGGAGUCAAACAUAGUCAAGAUGUUCUUAAAGAAUGAAGUGGGAAACCAGGUAUAAAGAGACAUAUUAAGAAAUGUAAGUUGACUUUGGUGCAUUAAUAAAUUAAUGGAACAGAAUGGAGAGCCCGGAAACAGACUCAAACACGUCUGGACAUUUGUCCUAUGAUAAGGUUAGCAUUGCAGAUGGAUGGAAAAACAACAGACAGUUCAUAAAUGGACUAGUCAAUUGGUUUGGGGAAAAAUAACAGUGAAUCCUUCACAUUAUACACAAAAGUCUACUUUAGGUGAACUAAGUACCUAUGUGCUAAAGGGCAUUGAGAAGAUAAAAUAGAAGCGUACUUUUAUAAUGGGGGUAAUAAAAUAUUUCUUAUGUCAUAUUUAUUAAACAAGAUACAAAAAGCUUAAUCUCAAAAGAGAUUGAAAAUUCAACUACACUGAAAUCAGUAACUUUUAUAUUCAACAAAUCCCAUUAAGAUAGUGAAAAGACACCGCAAAAUGUGGAAAAACAUAUGACUAGCAAAGAACUAAUAAAAGGAUGUACAAAGUAAUCCUACAGGUCUAGAAGAAAACUAAAACAUAACAGAAAAUGAACCAAAGACUUGAGAAGGAGCUCUAAAGAAAAAGGAAAUUCAAAUAUCCAGUACAGAAGAAAUGUGUUCUAUAUCAUUAGUAAUAAUUUAAAAAUCCAAACUAAAAUAAUCUGAUUCUUUUUUUAUGUUUAUUGAGAUUUAGUUGACAUAUAAAGUAUGCAUAUUUAAGGUGUAAAAUUGAGUGAUUUUUGACAUAUGAAUAUACCGUAAAACGAUCUUGACAAUCCAGGUAGCAAAUAUUUCUAUCCCUCCCUCCAAAAAUAUUUACUUGGGGCCUUCAUAAUCCAUUCUCUUUACUCCACCUCUUGUUCUGAUCCUCAGACGAUCGCUGGUCUGUACUCUGUCACUGUAAGUUACUUUUCAUUUUUUAGAAUUUAUAUACAUGAAAUUGUACAAAAUAUACCCUUUUGUGUCUGUCUUCUUUUAUUCAGUGUGUUUUGAGAUUCAACCCUAUUGUUGCAUGUAACAAUAGUUCUUUCUUUUUUUUGAGUGGUAUUUCAUGGUGUGAAUAUACCACAUUUCUUUAUCCAUUCAUCUGUUAACAGACUUUUGGAUGUUUGUGGUAAAGUUCAAGAUACACAGACAGACCUGAUGAGCUAGCAAUUUGACUCUCAGUUAUGUAUGUUAGGGAUACUUUUAUAUGUGCACCUGAAUACAUGUAUAAGAAUUUUUGUAGUAGCAUUGUUCAUCAUAGUCCCAAUUGGAAACAAGCCACAUACCCAUCAAUAGUAGAAAAGAUAACUAAUUGUGCUAUAUUAUAUAAAGUACUUCAUUUCAUAUAGCAAAGAAAAUUAAAGAAUUAUAUAUACAAUAGCACAAAUACUGCAAAUAUAAUAUUGACCAAAGGGUAAAGACAUCAAUGAAUCUAUACAUUAUGAAUAGAUUUGUAUAAAUCUCACAAAAAUUCUAAAUAAAAGAGAGGAAAUGAUGACCAUAAAAAGAUGGUGAUUACCUUUCAAGGGUUUGGGGUUGUGAAGAGUCGGGGGCUCACCUAGCUGUUUUGCAGAAGCUAAAAAUGUCCCAUGUGUUGAACAGGGUGGUGAUGAAAUGGAUAUUUGCUUUAUAAUUAUUUUUAAAUUGUGUAUUUGUCUUGUAUGCACUUUCUGUAUGUAUUAUAUAUUUUGUAAUUAAAAAAGAAAGAAAUGAGAAACGAUAUCAUAUACAAACAUUAGAAUUAGACAAAACUGAGUCUCUGCUACAUCAUAUGUGAUCUUUAAAAAGUCUCUCAUUUCCCGAUCUUACAGAUGAUGAUAACACUUUAUUCGUAGAUAUGUUGUAAGAACUAAGUUAGAUAAUAUAUACAAGUAGAUUAUCAGUGCAGGUGCUUAGAGACAGAAAUUCAGGUGCUGAUGGCCAUUGCUAAUCUUGUAUAAUGGCAAACCGAUAAACAAAAGUUAGACUUGGAUUUUGGUAGCUCAUAAAAAAAAAAAGAUGAAAGAGACCUAAAGUCAAAUUAUCAGAGUUUUCGAUUUUGGUUGUUUGAUAUGCAUCUUUUUUUUUUUAAAUAUACCUUUGGCUUCAAGAGCAUAUUGUAUCUCAAAUGCAAACUUUCUAACAGCAUAGAGAAACAUAUUAAAUGGCUUGGUCACGUCUGCCCCCUGCUGGCCCUACAAAGCGGGAAGGAUGCUGACGGUUGAAUUUGGAAGCUCACAUAAAAACUAAGGUUUUUCUAAUUUUUAAAAAAGCUAUCACAACAGAAAAAAUUUUAAAUGUGUAAUUUCGUAAAAGGUAUGCAAACUUUACAUUUUUUCCUGGUGUUAAAGCUGUGGUAGUAUUUGGAAAUGCUGUGUUCUGCAUUCUCUAAUAUUUCUGGCGUUAUAUUAGACUUAUUAUUAUGCACCUUUGCAUUUUAAGCUAACAAUAAUGUGCCCCAUGUUAGCAUUUUUGUUAACCUGCAGAAUAGAAAAUUGAACGUACAAUAUUUAAGGCUUAUGGUGACCAAUGAACACACAAAAUGAGUACUUUUGCCCCUUGCUUUUCAUAAAUGUGAUCCUCAAUUACAUUACUUUUGGAUGAAGUCUUGAACCCACUUAUCCAGGAGUUAAUUUGUAUAGACAAAUCACAGUUGUGGGGGAGCAGGAGAAACAUUAUACUUCAAGUACUGUGUUCUCUCAAUUUUGAUUUCUAUUUGAUUUAGGAUUAUUACUUAUGAACCAAGAAUUUGCAAAUUAAUUACUGUAGCAAAUUGCUACCAAAGCAUGAAAAUACACCUUGUUUCCCUGCCAAUGCUGCCUUUGUAGAGAUUUACAGUGGAUUCCUUUCCUUUCAGUUACAAAAGUAUUGAGUCCAACCUUUCUUAGGAUGGUUUUCCUAAUCUGGACAUAUUUGAUCUCAAACUGUAAAACAAGAGCUCAACUGCGUGACUUCCUCCUCUUCCCUCUUUUGUGCAUUCUCCUGUCUUCAUGGCUUUGUUCAUAUUUUGGGGGCAGUUACUUAAUUUCCGUUUGCCUUGUUUUCUCAUCUGGUAAAUGGGGAUACUUCACCUAUGUCGAUUAUUUUGAGGAUUAAAUGAGAAAGUAUAUGUAAAGUACUUUUUGAAAAGUUUCUGAAACAGAGUAAGUGCUAAAUAAAUGCCUUUAACUAUUA